GUUAGCAGCGGGUGGUGGGCCAAGUCACCCAGCAGGUGGCUUUAAAGUGCGGCUGUGCGGCUGUCCGACUUAAAGCCCUCAAAUAACCCCCAAAAAGAUGGCAAAUUGACAACUAAUUUCGGCCUAGACGAAAGAAAUCCCCCAAAUCAACCAGACUCAUGACAAUUUCCUGCCGCGCCUUGGCUCAUUUCCUUAUUCCGCAGAGCGACUACGGCGAGGCCAAGACGCAUCUGGAGCAGCUGCAGCACCUGGACCACCACCUGCACCACCACCACCACGCCCACUUGGGGCUCUACCAUGGGCCGCUGCCUGGCACAUCCACCAUAACCACGGAUUCGGUGGUUUCCUGUGUGAGUUCCACGCUGCCGGCGGUGGCCAAGGCCAUUUCCGCGUCCUCCAGCUGCAGCGAUGGCCUGGAGGCGGAGCGCAAGAAGUGCCACGCCAGUGACUCCCUCGGUGACUCCUCGGCUGGUGGGCAGGGCCUCCUCCUGGAGGCCAUCUGCGUUGGCCAGAAGACGUCGCCGGUUCCGCCCCCUCCUCCACCUCCCUGCUGCCUGACCUUGGGCGGAGCGGCUUCCUCAUCGCCCGCCUCCGUCGCCCUGAUGAACGCCUCCUCUGCAUCGGGAUCGGGAUCCAGCUCCGGCGGAGCAAGUGCCUCUCUCUGCAACGAUCUUACGCGGGAGUCCUCCUGGUAUGCCCACCACCAUCACCACCACCAUCAUCAUCACCAGCAGUUGGCCGACGAGCUGGUCAUGUAUGCCACGCCCACACUCACGCCCACGCCCUCGCCGGCGAUUGGGAAGUUCGGGCUGGACACUUCCACCGAGGGUUACUUGAACGCAAGGUACAAUGUGAACGUCAAAGGCGUGCGCCAUGAAAGAACAUCCACUUUCUUUGACAUACCCGCUGUGACGCACCCACACUCGCAUCCGCACCCGCAUCCGCAUUCGCAUCCGCACCCGUACUGCUACAGGUUUCCAUCAUCGCCACCCGGGGGCAUUCUGAAAAAGAGCGACGAAGAAACGGCAGCCGCUGCUGCUGCCGCCGCCGCCGCUGCAGCCGCAGCGGUGUACUGCAGCGACGUGUCCUCCGGCCAGCACUUUCAGCACCACACGAAGAUCGAGGAUGCGGACUCCACGACAACGGCAGCCCAGCAGCAGCAACAUCAGCAGCAGCAACAGCAGCAGCAGCAACAGCAGCAGCAGCAACAGCAGCAACAGCAGCAGCAGCAACAACAUCAACAGCAACAACAGCAACAUCACCAGCAGCAACUGCAACAUGCUGCUGCUGCACUGCAUCCGCAGCACCAUCAUCAUCACCAUGGACACCACAACCAGCAAGUGGAGCACCACUUGACACCACUCCAUGCCGCCUCCGCCUUCAAGUUCAGUCACACGGCGGUCAUAUCCAGUUCGGCGGUAUAUGCCACGCCCUCCCACUACGCCGCCCACCAGCAGCAUACGCAGUCGCAGUCCGUCUACCGGGAUCUGUCGCCCACCUCCUUGGCGGCGGCGGAAGCAGACCUGAAGUACGACACUGGUCCCUACAACGCCACCAUCUCGUCCACCUAUCCCUCUGCCCUGCGACCCAGUGUGGUGGACUCCACCACCUCCAGCGAUGCCGAACUGCGUCUGGAUCAGUUCUACGCCAGCAAUGGCAUCUCCACCUCGAGCAGCGGCCAGACGAUCAGCCAGCGGAGGGGCUCGCUGCAGCUCUGGCAGUUCCUGGUGGCCCUCCUGGACGAACCCACCACCAGUGCCAGCUGCAUUGCCUGGACGGGUCGUGGCAUGGAGUUCAAGCUGAUCGAGCCGGAGGAGGUGGCCCGCCGUUGGGGUCUCCAGAAGAACCGCCCAGCGAUGAACUACGACAAGUUGUCCCGCAGUCUGCGCUACUACUACGAGAAGGGCAUCAUGCAGAAGGUGAACGGCGAGCGCUACGUCUACCGAUUCGUCUGCGAUCCGGACGCCCUCUUCAACAUGGCCUACGGUCAUCUAACCGCCGGAUCCGGAUCUGGAUCUGGAUCGGGCAAGGGUGACCAGCACCAGUUGACACUGUCGCUGGCCAAGACGCCUCCAACUUCCGGCGAGCCCCAAACGCAAUCCCCUCGCGUGGCCAAGUCGGAUUAUUACGAUACUGCCGGAUUGCAUAAAUAUUAG